AUGGAGAACUCCUCCCUCCCUGAAAUCAAUUCCUCAUGUGCAGACUACACUGGGAUGGGAGAUGGGAGUCUGAAUAUGUCCACUACUCCACUAAGCCCCAGGUACUACAUCACAGUGCCUAUCAUCUACUCAGUCAUCUGUGCCGUGGGGCUGACAGGCAACACUGCUGUCAUCUAUGUAAUCCUCAAAGCACCAAAGAUGAGAACAGUCACCAACAUCUUCAUCCUCAACCUGGCCAUUGCUGAUGAGCUCUUCACCUUGGUGCUGCCCAUCAACAUUGCUGACUAUCUGCUGCUGCAGUGGCCCUUUGGGGAGUUGAUGUGCAAGCUCAUCAUCUCUAUAGACCAAUACAACACUUUCUCCAGCAUCUACUUCCUCACUGUCAUGAGCAUUGACCGCUACCUCGUUGUGGUGGCCACCACCGAGUCCAGGAAGGUGUCCUAUCGCACUUACCGAGCAGCCAAGAUUGUGAGCCUCUGCGUCUGGUCCUUUGUCACCGUCAUCAUCCUGCCCUUCACCGUCUUCGCUAAGAUACACAAGGAGCAGGGGCGCUCCCAGUGCGUCUUUGUGUUCCCCCACCCCGAGAGUGUGUGGUGGAAAGGCAGCCGGAUCUACACCCUCAUUUUAGGCUUUGUCAUCCCAGUGUCCACCAUCUGCACCCUGUACACCACCAUGCUGUGCAGAUUGAGACAUUUGCAGCUCCACUGCAACGCAAAAGCUCUGGACAAAGCCAAAAAAAAGGUGACACUAAUGGUGGUCGCUAUCCUGGGUGUGUGCCUGUUCUGCUGGACACCCUUUCACCUUAGCACAGUGGUGGCCCUCAUCACGGACAUCCCACAAACUCCACUCGUCAUUGGCAUUUCCUAUUUCAUCACCAGCCUAAGCUAUGCCAACAGCUGCUUCAACCCUUUCCUGUAUGCCUUUCUGGAUGACAGCUUCCGGAGGAGCUUUCGCAAACUGAUAGAUCGCAGAAGCACCUCAUAA